AUGACAUCUAGUGUGCCGGUGGACGAUGAUUCGAUAGACGCAGAGACCCUACAGGCUCAGAUUGACAUGUCUCUGUCAUUUGCUCAGGAUCUGGUUACAUCCUGGAUAAAGCCUUCCAACAAGAUGGCACCACGGUCGACCAGAAAUAUUGAGGAUGAGCUGAAGGAGUACAUGCGGAGGCCACCUAGACUGGGUGUAGGUGCACCGAUUCCUGAAUCAGCAGGCACCUCUCGCGACGCAGCGCGACUUAAACAACAACUCACGUCGAAAGGGGGCAAGAAACGCGCCGCAGACGACAUGAUGGACCGUAACAAGAAAGGGGACUCAGAUGACGACGGCGAAGAGAGUCGUGCCCAUGCAAUACGCAAGAAGGUCAAAAUUAGUGACCAUGAUUCGAUCAAAAAGGUCCACAUGGCAGCUCCUGAGAGCGCGCCCCGACCCCCGCCUCAGAUACCAACAAAACCACCCGGCUCUCCUCGUCCAACUGCCGGUGCUGCUAAUUUGGGUAUCCCCGACACGCCCUCGCGCCCAAAGAAGAAGAAGAAGAAGCAUGGCGGUGAUGCUCGCAUGCGUAGUCCUUCUCCGGCCUCACAACAUCCACCCUCGUGCCUGGAAGGCAAAUCUGAUAGGUUACCGGAGAACGCGCGCGAUAUCGUUAAACAUGCGAUGCGAUCGCCCAUCAAUGGCAAGGCAGACCUUUCUCCAGCGAAAGCGUCUUCUUCAGCAGAUACCUCUCCCGAGAAGCUACAAGGAGCAACGAACAGCAGGGGGACCGCACCGAUCACCUCGGUUCUGGCAUCCGUCCUUGCUGGCAAGUCCAAGGACUUAUCCUCGAUGUUACGCGGGCCUCUCCUCAAUCUAGACGGCCCUCCUGUUGGAAGCGAUGACGAGGGCGAUGGCCCAGGACCAGAAAGUCCCAGUAAGAAACGGCGGAGACGGAGGAAGAAAACACACACGAACCCCGCGAUGCCUUGA